CACCGGACUGUGCUCACCUGAAUCCAGCGAAAGAUAGCAGCAGCCACAAUGCCUGCCAUUCUCGAGAACUCGGUUGCGACAGAGGUGCCUGGCCCUCUGUCCAAGGCUGCUUCUAAGCAGCUCGAUGCUUUCUUCGAUGCUCGCGCAAUUCAUUUUGUAGUGGAUUAUGAAAAGAGUUCAGGGAACUACAUCGUGGAUGUGGAUGGCAAUCGCUACCUGGACGUGUAUGCGCAGAUCGCAUCCAUCCCCGUGGGAUACAACAAUGCGGCUCUCGUGGCCGCAGCCAAGUCGCCCGAGAUGAUAUCUGCGUUGGUCAACCGUCCGGCCAUUGGCAAUUUCCCCUCUAGCAACUGGGCGGAGCUUCUGAAGCAGGGUCUCUUCAGGGCGGCGCCUGCGGGACUUGACAACAUAUUCACAGCACAGUCGGGGUCCGAGGCCAACGAACUCGCCUACAAGGCGUGUUUCAUGCUAUACCGCCGCAAAGAGCGCGGCGAGGGCGUUGAAUGGACAGCAGAGGAGACCAGCUCGUGCCUUAACAAUGCGAAGCCUGGAUCGCCCGAUCUCGCCAUCAUGAGCUUUGCCAACUUCUUCCACGGUCGGGGCUUCGGCAGCCUUUCCACCACACGCUCCAAGGCGGUGAAAAGCUCGACGUGCCGUCGUUCAAUUGGCCGCAGGCGCCCUUCCCGGUGGCGCAACCGAUCCAGAGCGAGGGUGGCGACAACCCCUUCGCCCGCCUUCUUCCAGGGGCUCCGCGACAUCACCAAGAAGCACGGCGUCGUCAUGAUUGUGGACGAGGUACAAACUGGUUUCGGCGCGACGGGCAGGUUCUGGGGCCAUGAGCACUGGAACUUGACUUCGCCGCCGGAUAUUGUGACCUUCUCCAAGAAGGCCCAGACGGCCGGGUACUUCUUCGGCGACCGCAUGUUGGUGCCGGACAAGGCCUAUCGUCAAUUCAACACGUGGAUGGGUGACCCGGCCCGUGUCAUCAUGUGCAAGGCUGUCAUCGAGGAGAUUCUCGACAACAAGCUGGUCGAGCAAUGCGCACGCGUGGGCGGCCUUCUCUACGCCGAGAUCAGUAAACUCGCAGAGAGAUAUCCUGAGCAGGUCCAAAAUCUUCGAGGCAAGGGACAAGGCACGUUUAUCGCAUUUGACACACCUCAACCUGCCGAGCUGGUGCGUGCGAUGAAGCAGAUUGGUGUCAACAUUGGUACCUGCGGUGUGAGGACGGUCAGGUUGCGACCGAUGCUGGUGUUCGAGGAGGCGCACGUGUCGACGCUGAUCUCGGCAUUCGACAUGGUGUUGAGCACGUUGUAG